AUGUGGAAUAAGUUCGACAUUGAAACGAUGAUAGAACCUGGAUGUGUAAAACGAACACCAAAACAUAGUAGAUGGUGUGAUUAUGAGACGAAAGGCGACGAGUACAAACUAGCAAUAUUUGGAAAUAGCUACACCAAAAACCAUCAUAAGAUGUUUGUCCAAGAAUGUAAAAAUCGAGCAUAUAAUAUCACGAUGGACUCGGAAAGAGGAUGUGAACCACUGGCAGCCACUCCAAGUGAUCAUCCGUGUGUUAAAAAGCUUUCAGAAUUUGUGGAAUUCAUUGAAAGUGCCAAACCAGAUUAUGCAUUCAUAUUCACAAGAUUCUUUGCUGUUGCUGAUCCAUUUAAAGACAAAGACAAUCAAGAUAUGGAACACGACAGAACAUAUAUUGAGAUGAAAAGUCAAUUGAACAAGUUUCUGCCAAAUAUCAAAAAGAAAUUGUACAUUCUGGAUUCUUUUCCUCGUGCCAAUGCAGGAUACAUAUCUCAUGUAGCUAGUGAUUUGAAAAAUGAAAAAUCCAUAGAAGAGAUAAGUAAAUCCUUAUUGAGGCCGGAUGGAUAUGAAAGAGGACGUCUUCGCCACGCUGCUCUUGUAAAAGAGUGCGGAGAGAAAUGUGAAUUGAUUGACUAUCUUCCACUGCUUUGGAACAAUGCUACCAGCACGUAUCAAUAUUUUGACAAACGAGGAUUCUCAUAUUUUACGUCUCCCAAUCAUCUUUCGGCUCAUGGAAUCGAGCUAGUUCGUCCAAUCUAUACAAAAAUUUGUGCUAGUUUAAAAUAG